AUGAAAUCAAAAGACAGAAUCAGAGUUUGCAUCAGAAGCCGUCCUUUAUUUUCUCAAGAUUCAAAAGAUGCUUUUAUUUACAGCUCUUCUUCAAUCCAGUUAAAACAAUCAAUCUCUAAUGUUCCUUCAUCCUAUACAUUUGACAACGUAUUUGAUUCCCAAACAGCCACUUCUGACUCCCCCCCCCCUUUAAAUUGGAACAAAAUAUAGGUAAAAUUUCCACUUUUUUGGUAAAUUAACCCCCCUUUAAAUUGGAACAAAAUUUAAUUUUAUAAUAAAAAAUUUUAUAUAUAUAAAUCAUAAUUUUUAUGUAAAAAGUUUUGAUAUAAUUUAAAUGUUUCUUCUUAACUAAAAUUAAAAAUUUAGUUUUAUCCUGCUCUUGUUUAUAGAAUAGAGUAUAAUGAGCAUUUUAUUUAAAUAAAUUUAUUAUCCUUAAUUGUAAAUUUUUAAAACAAUUUAAUUUUUGUUUUAAAAUAUUUUCGAAAAAAAAAUUUUAUUUUUUUUGAUAAAAAUGAUAUUUUUUAUUUAAAUAGCUUUGAUAUAAAUUCAAUACGAAUUCUUUACAAAAAUUCAAAAUUUACUUAUCUCUUGCUUUAUUUCAAAGAAUAGAGUAUAAAUAACAUCUUAUUUAAACAAAAAUUAACCAAAAUUAGCACUUUGAUUAAUAAAUUUUCUAAAAUUUUUUUUUUUAAAUUUUUUUUUUAUCAAUAAAAUAAUAAUUUUUGUGUAAAUAGUUUUGAUGCCAAUUAAUAGUGGCGUAUUAAUUAAUAAUAAAAUUUUAGUUAUAUCUUACUUUAUUUUAAAGGAUAAAGAGUAAAUAGCAUUUUAUUAAACAAAUUUAUUAAUCUAAUUCGAUAAAUUUUUGAAAUUUUUUUUUUUUUUUUUAAAUUUUAUAUAAAUUUUUUUUUUUUUAAAUUUUAUAAUGAUUUUUUUUUUUAAAAAAAUUUUCUUAACCCCCCUUUAAAUUGGAACAAAAUUUUUAGUUCCAAUUUAAAGGGGGGGGAGUGAGGUUUAUGACACCGUCUGCAAAGAAAUUAUUGAAGGUGCAAUAGAAGGCUACAAUGGCACUAUUUUAGCAUAUGGCCAAACAACCUCAGGCAAAACCCAUACAAUUAUCGGAAAUCCUGAAAGUCCAGGAAUUUUGUCCUUGACUUUUAUUGAUAUUUUUAAUAUCAUUCAAAGCAAAAGGAGAGAAUUCACUAUUUUAGUCUCUUAUUUAGAGGUUUAUAACGAAAUUAUCAAUGAUUUGUUAGAUCCUGGGUCAAUUAAUUUGAGAAUCAGAGAAGACCCGACUGAAGGAUAUUUUGUAUCAGGAUUAAAGCAGCUGGUGGUGAGAAACCCAAAAGAAGCAGUCGAAAUAUUGGAAUUUGGAGAAAAACAAAGGAGAUAUAGAGCCACAAAUAUACAUGAACAUUCAUCAAGGUCACAUACAGUAUUUAGAAUUUUAAUAGAAAGCAAAGAUAUAGAUGGGCUGAUUGAUGAUGGGAAUGAAAUCAGGAUUAAAGGGAAUAUGAGAUUUUCUGUUCUAAAUCUAGUAGAUCUUGCUGGGUCAGAAAGAAUUGGAGAUGUUGGGAACACUGAUACUUCAGAAACUUCUCAUAUAAAUAAAAGUUUAUUUGUAUUAGCAAAUGUAAUAAACAAGCUCGCUGAUAACCCUAAUGCCCACAUACCAUUUAGAGAUAGCAAGUUGACGAGAAUAUUAAGCAAUUCCUUAGGAGGGAAUAAAAAAUAAAAUGGCAACAUCGACGGAAGGGGCAGGCUUUGCCUCUCAGUCUUUGCUUAUCGAACUAAUUGGGAAUCCGCAAGGGGGACUCUAACCUAGUGAGCCAAUAUUAAGGUUAAGUGGACUUAUACCAGAUAGGCAAACUGGUGGGUCUAUCCCUUGCAGCCUUAUAAUAUUUAACUUUUACUUACCUUAGGAGGGAAUGCUUUAACUGCAAUUAUUUGUACAAUAGCACCAGAAAUAAACAACGUCCAAUUAAGCAUAUCGACCUUAAGAUUUGCUACAAGGGCUAAAUCUAUCAAAAAUCAGCCAAUUAUCAAUGAAGUCAUAGACGAUUCUAAGCUAAUCACAGGCUAUAAAAACAAAAUAGCUAGACUUGAAGCUCAAAUUUCUUCAAUUAUUACAAGCAAAGAUAAAGAGAUAAGCAAGCUUAAAGAAGAAAAUGCGAAAUUAAGAGAAUUAUCUAUGAAUACCCCUGAAAAGCAAGAUAAAGAGCAGGUUAUUAAAUUUGUGAAUGUAAGUGAGCAAGAGUUUUAUGAGAAGUAUAAAGAGUUGCAAAAGAAUUUCAAUAUACAGAUUUCGAUAAAGCAUUCACUUAUGAAGGAAUUAGGCGAUAUAAAAGAGUUAGGAAUAAUAGGAUUUGACAUUCAAAAACGAAAAUUUGAUAAAGAAAAUACCAAAGAAGUCGCUGAACUAUCAAGCUGAGAAUCAGAAUGCUUAAAGCUAAGGAAUAAUUAUUUGAUCGAAUUAGCGGCACUUGAUGAAAAUUAUUGGGAUCAUUUAAGUGAGCUUUUCGCAAGACUUAGAGGAAAUAAAACUUCUCAAGACAGAAAACCUCCUAUCAAAACAGAAGCAAAAUCUAGGCCCACCACCAAUGUGCAGCCUAAAAGAUCAAGACCGAUUUCUCAAGAAAACGUCAGAAUCCGCUAUAAGGUUGGAAAUACUUAUAAAAACCAGUCCCCAACUUCUCUUAACCCAGCCAAAAAAGACACUCCAAGAUCAAGUCAAAAAGUCAUGACUCCGAUUCCUUCUAACUCCUCUGAGAACCGAAAUGCCUACCCCAGUCCGUUUAAGCUUGUAUGUGAAGACCUUGCAGACACCCCAAAGCCUACUAAUGUUCGCAAAUCUACAGAUGACCCUUCCUCAUUACCAAGAAAAGCUAUAACUCUAGAAUCCGAAUCUUCAUCUGACGAAGUAGCUUUGAACUCUGAAGAAGAACAAAAAUACAACCCUCCUCCUAAUUUAUCUCCACCUACCGAAUCAAUAAAUUCUGUACCCUCAGACCUAAAGCAAGGCGGGAAUGUGAUUUUAUUUGGCAUGAACCGAGAUGGCAGCUGUGCAGGCAAAAACAAAUACCCGAACUCGAGCUAUAAUUACCUUGAGCAUGAAUAUUCAGAAAUAAUCUCUGGGUAUUAUCAUAACGCAGUCAUCGAUAAGCAAGGAGUACUGAGGAUGUUUGGAAAUGGAAACUUAGGUCAGUUAGGAAACGUAAAUUUAAAUUCAACAUUUACCCCUCAGCUUGUAAGCCACCCUUUAAGAGAAGUCCCUAUAAGCAUGGUAGCUUGUGGAUGGCUACAUACAAUUUGUGUAACCAAAACAGGACAGGUUUUUACAUGGGGCUUCAAUGGAGAUGGACAGCUUGGCUUAGGCGAUUUUUAUGACAGAUCUUGACCUGUUAUGGUUAAUGAUAUGGACUCAGUAAAUUAUGUAGCAGCUGGGUACUUGCACUCAGCUUGUAUAAAAAACGGAGAACUUUAUAUGUGGGGUGCGAAUCCUGAUGGGAGACUAUUUAAGCAGCCUAUGCAGAUCAAGCAUAAAGUAUUUAGAAAAGAAAGAAGCCCUAUAAAAAUUGUUGAAAUUAGUAAUGUUGUAGAAAUUGCUUUAGGGGUUUCACAUUCUUUAGCACUAACUUCUAAUGGAGAUGUGUAUACAUGUGGAAGCACUGAUCACGGGCAGCUUGGGAUGGGGGCAAAUUAUGAAGUGUAUUCAGCACUAUUUAAAAUUCCACUGUUUGGCUAUAUGAUAAAAGCAGCAAAAAUUAAGUGUGGAGAUGGAUAUUCAGCAAUUUUGGACUCACAAAAGCAUUUAUAUACUUUUGGAAAAGGAACGUAUGGAAGACUAGGCUUAGGACACGACAUGGACGUCCUCACCCCAGAGCUUGUCUCUAAAACCCUCCAAUUCAUUGACAUAUCAUGUGGAGGAAGACAUAUGAUGGGAAUCGACAUAAAUGGGGAAACCUAUGCAUGGGGUUAUGGCUUUUAUUUCCAGCUAGGCACGAUGUCUCAAGAAGAUAGUAUGGUCCCCAUCUGCAUAAAUCUAAGUUCAACCUCAGGUAGAUGGGCAGGUAAAAUUUCCUGCGGGUAUUAUCAUUCUGCUAUUCAAACCUUAUAA